AGCUCGCCCACCCAGCCGGGCCCAGGGGGCGGGGCCACAUCAGCCACACCCCAGCGCCAUUGGCUGGGGCGCCAGGGGCGGGGCCCGGCUGCCAGAUGUUGGGGCGGCGGCCGCUGCGGGAGCUACGGAGAGGGAGGAGCCGCCGAACAAGGCGGAGGGCAAGGGCGCCGCUGGACGGCCCGCCGGGCCCUUUCCGCGCCGCUCCCGCUAGAGUUCUAAGAGGAACUGGCAGGCCUGGCGGGGGCUCUGGCGACCGGGAUGCACAGCGCUCGGCUUGCAGCUCCUGGCCAGCUGCGCUGGAAUGCUGUGUGGCCGGGACACAGGUUCACCCCAGAUGCCUGGCCCUCUUCCGCCACCCACCAAACCCGGCUCAGGUGUGCGGCUCAGGCACCGGCUCAGGGCCUCAGAUGCCUUGGAAGAGGACUCAGUCUGUGGUGUGGAGGAAGAGGAGGAAGAAGCUGUGGUGACAGGAAACAGGGGUAUAGUCUUGGGGACCCCUAAGGAGCAUGCCCUGGACUGGGACUCUGGCUUCUCAGAGGUGUCAGGCAGCACAUGGAGAGAGGAAGAGCUACCCGUACUCCAGCACCCAGCACCCCCCACACGGCCCUCCCGCAGACAGCGUCUCUCGGCCAGUGGCAUCUCCCUGCCCAGUGGGGCUCCUGUGGCCCGUGCACCACCUGCCCACCGACCACGGCCCAAGUCCACCCCAGAUGCCUGCCUGGAGCACUGGCAGGGGCUUGAAGCUGAGGACUGGACAGCAGCCCUGCUGAGCAGAGGUCGCAGUCGCCAGCCCCUAGUUCUGGGGGACAACUGCUUUGCUGACUUGGUGCACAACUGGAUGGAGCUACCUGAGGCAGCGGGUGAGGGGGAUGACAGGGGUGGAUCCCGUGCCCGUGCCCGGCCCCCCCAGUUCCUGCUUGGCCUCUCUGAGCAGCUGCGGCGCCAGCUGGCCAGGGCACGCCGGGCAGCCAUGGCAGGAAAGCGAUUGUCAUGCCCACCUCGUCCGGAACCUGAACUGCCUGCAGAUGUCUCACACUUUGCAGCCCUCAUGAGUUGCCGCAGUCGCCAGCCCAUCAUCUGCAAUGAUGUUGUCAGCUACCUCUGACCCUGCCCUCCAGCCUGGGACAAUAAAAGCCUUUCUCUGGAC